CCAAUCACCCAAGCACCGGUUUUAUCAGUGGUAGAAAGUUAGUUUUUUUUGUAAAUUACUAUAGUGUAUACGAGAAACCUGAGAAGAAAACAACCACGCCGACACCUCGAAAACUAUCAGGUGUAGUUUAACGAAACGUACUCAAAAGUACAAAGAAUAAAACGUUACCAGUGUUUCCCAAAGUGUUCUAAGCACCCACAACUCAGCACCGAGUGAUACGACACCGUUUGAGCCGUUUUAUAGAAGAGUUAUCAGUGAUGGUGGUUUCGGUGAAAGUAUUCAAAAAAUCCGCCCCGAAUGGCAAGCUGACCGUGUACCUUGGCAAGCGUGACUUCAUCGACCACACGGACUACUGCGAUCCGAUCGAUGGCGUCAUCGUGCUGGAGGAGGAGUACCUGCGAGGCCGCAAGGUCUUCGGGCAGCUCAUCACCACCUACCGCUAUGGGCGCGAGGAGGACGAGGUGAUGGGCGUGAAGUUCUCCAAGGAGAUGGUCCUGACGAAGGACCAGAUCUACCCGAUGGAGAACGCCAACAUGGAGAUGACGCCGAUGCAGGAGCGGCUGGUGAAGAAGCUGGGCGCGAACGCGUUCCCGUUCACCUUCCACUUCCCGAACAUGGCGCCGAGCUCGGUGACGCUGCAGGCGGGCGAGGACGACCACGGUAAGCCGCUCGGCGUGGAGUACGCGAUCAAGGCGUUCGUCGGCGAGGACGAGAACGACAAGGCGCACAAGCGCAGCGCCGUCACGCUCACCAUCAAGAAGCUGCAGUACGCGCCGGCCUCCCGCGGCCGCCGGUUGCCCUCGUCGCUGGUCAGCAAGGGUUUCACCUUCUCGCAGGGCAAGAUCAACCUGGAGGUGACGCUCGACCGGGAGAUCUACUACCAUGGUGAGAAAAUUGCGGCCAACAUCGUCGUAACGAACAACUCGCGGAAGACUGUUAAGAGCAUCAAGUGUUUCGUGGUGCAGCACUGCGAGGUCACGAUGGUAAACGCUCAGUUCAGCAAGCAUAUCGCCUCUCUGGAGACGCGUGAAGGCUGCCCGAUUACGCCCGGAGCUAGCUUCACCAAGUCGUUCUUCUUGGUUCCGCUGGCCUCGAGCAACAAGGACCGCCGGGGAAUCGCCCUCGACGGCCACCUGAAGGAUGACGACGUGAACCUGGCCUCGUCGACCAUCAUCGGCGAGGGCAAGUGCCCGUCGGACGCGAUGGGUAUCGUCAUCUCCUACUCGCUGCGGGUCAAGCUAAACUGUGGCACGCUCGGUGGCGAACUGCAGACGGACGUUCCGUUCAAGCUGAUGAACCCGGCACCCGGAACCGUCGAACGGGAGCGAGUGAACGCGCUGAAGAAGAUGAAGUCGAUUGAGCGUCAUCGUUACGAGAACUCGCACUACGCCGACGACGAUGAUAACAUCGUGUUCGAGGACUUUGCGCGCCUGCGAAUGAACGAGCCGGAGUAAGGGAGUUGACCAUCUCAUCCUGAGGGGUCCGCUCCAGCUCCAGCCCAAAACACCACCGUUCUAGCUUACCGACAGUCCACGCUCAUCCACCCGGCGACAUAAGGUCGCAUACGGGAGUCUCUCCACCUGCUGCACCCUCCUGAAGCUGAGCUUCCUUCGCCGAAGAGUACCCAUUGGGACUAUGAAGCAUUCCUGUGGGAAAUGUGACUAGUAGUCCCGCUAGAGCAACUCCGGUUUUUCAACCCCUUUGGGGAUUCGUUGGGGGUCUACCCAGCCCCGUGUAUACAUACAACACCCAGCGCCACGUAACAGUGUCCAUGUGAUAAAGCCAUGAUGAUACCAAUUCAAGUCGAGAACAAGGUGUACAAGACACCGCAACGAAAGCAACCUGAAUAAUGAAAGAACAACGUUUUACAGUGCAUAACCUUACCCCAUAGCGACAUUAACAAAUGGAAGAGGGAGAGAAAAAACGACAAAAAAACUACUAUUAGAUGAUAUAAAAAAUUUGGUUCAUCGAUUAAUUACCCUCCGCAUCACGAUACCGGGGGCAAGGUCGGGGACUUUUCGUAAGAAAAAACAAAAACACGGAAGUCCAUCACGACCCGGUACCGGAUGCAACGUGGAGUGGCCAAAUUAAUCGAUGAACCAAAGGGCAACGAAAAAAGUAACAAAAAAAAACUAAGUCAACCAAAACAUCCAGAAGUGAACGAAAUCGAA